CCCCCCCCCCCCCCCCCCCCGUGGCUACGCCACUGCCCAAAGGCUCAAACUUUUUGUUUCGUCAGAAUGCACCAACUUGUUUUUGAGCGCAUAGAACGGGGUAUAUCAAAAGCAAAAGCAAAAGUUCGCGAUGGUUUUUUACAUGGUGCUUUGAUAUAAAAAUGUGGAUCGUCAGUUAUAUACUGCCGGUCUCUUAGGUGUUGAAAGUAAGUCUUCUGAAAUCUGUUGACACCAUCAUGAAACAUAAGUAGUAGCAGCAGAGUUCUAGUAUAAACUCAUUGUGGCCAUGACAUCUAUAGGGCGGGUGGAAGGCAUGAAUGGGCACGCGGAAACAAGUGGGUUUUGAUAUUAAACAGAUGGCCCCAACGUGUUGGGACAUGCAGCCGACUCAUCCUCAAGGUCACCAAAUUUCUCGGAAAACAUGAUUUACAACCAUGGGAGUAUGCGGAAACAAGCGAGCUUUGAUAUAGAACAGAUGGCCCCAAUGUGUUGGGACAUGCAGCGUGGUUGAUGAUUUAGAAGCCGCGGGAGAGCCUCAGGGGGGAACAGUCUGCUUCGAGCCACAACUCGCUUCAAAAUGCCUAGGUGUGUAUUCUGGUUGUUUGACCCUCACGAUAUCGAGGAUGAAGAGCUGUCGGAAGACGAUUCUCGGGACGGCGCACCUCCUACACUGUCUGCUCAUGUGAUGCGAUCGCACCCCAACGUGGAUAUAUCCUUCCUGCCCUACUUCCAGAUCGACAGCGCAUUUAGAGGCCAUAGUGUCAAGAGCAAGGGUGUGCAUGCUUCCCCCACGGAAUAAGGCGUCCAGGCUUGCAGAGCUGCUGUGCCUGCUCCUUGUAUCUUCAACAGCCUGCAACGCUCAAGGCGAGUACGCAGUGCUCUUCACAGGGGAGGAGGGAGAGCGGCACAAGAUUUGUGCCAUGUAUUAUCCGCUUUUCAAGGAAUUGCCACCGUUCCCCAGCACUCUGGGCAACGUGCAAUUGGUCAAUCUCCUGGCGCAAGACGGCUGCAACAAGAUGCAUUUUCUAAAGAUGAAGGGAAAAUUGGUAAUGGUCACCAGAAGAAGCACGUGUACCUUUGAUCGUGUCAUACAGAACGUCAAGUUCAUCGAUCCCCUUGGAAUCCUUAUUUCAACUGGUUACUCCGCCGUUGCUCAUGAAACGUUCGAGAACAAAACGAAGGAGAAUUCCAACAUAAUCGUAGCCUUCGUCCUAAGUUCCACAGUUCGGCGCAUACUGUCAGCAGGAAAGCCGCACGAGCCACUGCUGGUGAGCAUGUACACCGAAAAAGCAGGACUUGUGGACGUCAGCGUUAUUUUAACGUGGUGCCUCGCUGUGUUCACUGUGGCUGCGGGCGCCUAUUGGUCGGGCAUCGUAAAAUACAGAUUGCAUCAACAAGAAGAGGCAAGAAGGAAGCGAACUGUAAAGGAGAUUUACAAACGGGCGAAACAGGACCUGUCAUAUGUGUCUGGAUUGAGUGGAAGCUCGGUCAACGUUACCGUAUCCAUAGUUUUUGUGUUUGUGCUUCUCAUGGUGAUUGUGAUUAUGGUGCUCUACUUCUUCAUCUCGUACCUGAUGUACCUAAUGUUCGCAGCGUUCUUCAUUGGGUCAUUUAUGUCCAUUAUGGCUAUAGUAGAACCAAUAAUAUAUCGCAUUCCCAUCGGCACUGCAAGGCUUCCAAGGUCACUCUGCUGCUGCUUCUACAAGGAAAUAGAAGUUCGACAGGCGUUUGUGAUCGCGGUUGCCUUAUUUGUUCCUGGAUUCUGGGUUGUUUACCGGCAUCACCCCGACGCAUGGAUAUUGCAAAACAUUCUUGGCGCCAUGUUCUGCAUCAACAUCAUGAAGCUGUUACGUAUGCCCAACCUUAAGGUUAUCACAGCCUUCUAUGUGUUGCUCUUCUGCUAUGACUUUUUCUUCGUCUUUAUUACACCUUACCUAACUAAGAAGGGAGACAGCGUGAUGGUUCAGGUGGCUUCGGGAGGGAGUCACCCAGAAGAGAAGCCCCCCGUGACAGUGAAGAUUCCUUUUAUGAGUACAGGCGCUCUGUCUGUGUGCCUGCGAGGAGCUUCCUUCCUGGGCUUUGGUGAUAUUCUUGUCCCUGGCAUUCUGGUUUCCUAUUGCCACGGAUUUGACCGCUUGUUUGCGGGUGGGUACUACUACUACUUCGUAGCUACCAUGGGCUAUGGCAUCGGUUUGGUGACGGCUUUCGUGGCCCUUGAAUUAAUGGCAACGGCUCAGCCUGCCCUCAUCUACCUCAUACCAGCGACACUGAUUCCUACCUUCUGCCAGGCAUGGUACAGAGGACAUUUGCGAGAGUUAUGGCACGGAGUUCCGAUCUCGUCACCAACGAGCAGCGAGAGCGAAGCUGAUUCUGACAAUGUCGAGCCAAACAGAAGUCCACAAGACUCCUCCAGGAAGGGAUCACCGAGGGAGGAGGCUCUACCGAGAUCUCGCAGCAACUCUCCGGCAACUUCUUUUCCAAUAUCCAAUUCACCAUCGCGACGCACAUCUGCGCAGGCAUUCUGUGCCCUUGGCCCCGACUUCGUCGUUGAAGAGUCUCGUAGUACGAAGCGAAACACGCCCAGGAGACACUUGUCAGUAGGGCAAGGAGACGACUGUGCAGCGAAAAGGAAGCCUCCGCAACGGAAGCUUCAAAGACUAUCGGGUUACUAUGAUAACAAUCAGAAACCAGAAGGAAUGACUACGUUCUAAAACGGGUCGACCCGAAAUACUGAUGGAUGAUGAAUUAAAAACUUGGGAGCAGUA